AUGUAUUUCAUUUAUCUACCCCUCUUAUUCUUUAUUUCCAACGUAACUGCUGGCAAUAACCCAAUUAAUGUAUGUAACAAGGCUGUUGAAGUGCCACAACCACCUGGAGGAGUGGGAGUACAACCACAAGCACCACCUCAAAUGCGAACUAUACAGCGCCCAACUGUCGAUCCAAACUUGUGUCUUGAUUUGAACCCACAAGAAAAUUUGGCACGUUUAGCCGAACAAUUAUGUCCUCGCACAUGCGCGACAUGCUGUAAAACAAGAAAGUUCAACUGCAGAAAUGUUGGGCAAUGCGAUAAUGUUACGCAAGAAAUGUGCAAGAUGCCCGCUCUUAGCAAAAUUGCAUUAGAAAUGUGCCCGCAUACAUGCGGUCUCUGCGAUAAGCCUGGUGCUGGCGGUGAAUGUCCAGACACCAUUGAUGGAUGUGAAAACUUGAGGAUAUUUUGUCAUAUUGAUUCGAUUAGAAUUAUGUGCCAGAGAACGUGUUUUUCAAAGGAUUGUCUUCAAAAUCUCACAUCAGCAGUUUCGCAAUCCAGUGGUUGCACUGAUGCACGCGUUAACUGUGCGUUAUAUCGGAAUCUUUGCAAUAUCGGUGAUUAUGGAACUGUGAUGCGAAGGCAAUGUAGGCAAACUUGUGGUCAUUGCUGA